AUGUCGUGGUUUCGGCACUUUAAUGCUCCGAGGCAGCCCGGCCAGAAGCAGAUAUGGCUUCCCAUUCCACCAAAAGUUGACUUCGUGGACGAGACGGGCGAUGUGAUCGACGGCGCCGCAGAUGGGGACAGCAGCCAAGAGGAUCCGGAAGGGAGUGCUCCGCCGCUGCCACGACAGCAGUCAGUCCCUGAAGACAUAAUACCGGACGCUAGUCUCCUGGAUGUCGGGCCCAGCCCUGCAGCCACUAGCGGCCCGCAUGUGUUUGAGCAAAAUUAUCCCUCUCCUUCAGUCGCGUCUCCUUUCAGCAACCACCGCGUAUCGUCCUUCGCUUCUUCUCCAACAUACGCCGCAUUACGAGAGCUGAGCCGCUCGCACCACCAUGCAAUACCCGAACCCUCCGUCUCAAUAGCACCGUCGACCCCGAGCCAGUCGCGGGCCAUCAACCAAUGGCCGCUCCAGUCCGAGGAGGAGGCCAUGCUCCUCCGCUUCUUCCUCGAGCACAUCUCCACCUUCUUCGACCUCUGCGACCCGUACCGCUACUUCCGCUACGAAGUGCCGCAGCGCGCGCGCACCAACAAGACGCUCGCCAACGCCAUCCUAGCCAUCUCGGCGCGCAUGCUGCACUGGAAGACGGGCGGCGCCGCCGUCGACGCGUACGUGGCGGACCGCUACUACCAGCUGUGCCUGUCGACGCUGAUCCCGUCGCUGUCGGACGUCGAGGCCGUCUGCAUGGACGAGACGCUGCUGGCCGCCACCGUCGUGCUGCGCAUGCUCGAGGAGAUGGACGUCCACAUCUCCGGCGCCGACACCCGCGGCCACCUCACCGGCAGCCAGGCCAUCAUCAGCGUCGCGACGGCGAACCUCCGGCAGCAGGCGCCGACGGGGUUGAGGAGAGCUGCGUAUUGGUCCGCGUUUAGGCAGGAGGUGUGGAUCGCGCCGCAGACGCAGCAGCCCAUCACGAUGAGUCCGGCUGUGUGCGGGUAUGAGAUUGAGCAUGGCUUUGGGCCCGCGCCCGACUGGGUGUGGUGCGAGAGGGCGAUUGCGCAUUGCGGCGCCGCGAUGAAUGUGACGCUGGGGUCGGCGACGGGGAUGGGGCGGGAGGAGCAGGUCAGGAGGUGGAAGGCGUUGAUGGAGGAUAAUGACCGCUGGUGGCAGAGCGUGCCCGGUGGCUACGAGCCGUUCUUCGGUGGGUGGGAGUGUUGCAGUGGCCGUGCCGAGGAGGGCGAGGGCGGCCAGAUGUUUCCCGAUGUGAGGUUCCAGGCCGACUGGCAUGUCAUGGGCUAUUCGUAUACCAUCGAGGCCCAUCUGCUGCUCGUCGUCCAUGAUCCGACUAUCCCAAAGCUCGGCCCGCUGCGGAAGCGCGCGGUUGCGGAGAUGGAUGAGAGAGCAAAAGAAGACGUCCGCAAGCUCUGUGGCCUCGCGCAAUCGAACGAGUUCGCCCCGGCGGCAAGUCUCAUCGCAUGCGGCGACCGCUUCGUCCAUCUGGCCGAGCAGAAAAUACUUCACAACUUCCUCAACCAGACGGAGAGAAAGCACGGCUGGCCGACGGCGAAGGCACGAUCACAGCUAGUAGAGGCAUGGGGCUGGCAGCACCCUCACGAGCAAGGGGAAAGCCACCACAGCGGAUCGCCAGCCGAACUGCAUCCGAUGAGCAUCGCCGCUGCCAUGACGCCGCCGCCCUGA